UGAAAUUUAAGUUCGUGUGAUUUUACCUUUUCCGGGAGUCUCCAGCUGGCCCUGGUUUGUGUCAGGAGCGCAGUGUAGACAGGAGUUCUAAGUAGACUCAGUCUCACUAAGUUUCUUCUCUUUGGAAGUGGGGGAGGUUUUCCUGUUUUUUUUUUUUUUUAAGGCAGUUUUAAUAGCUUUGAAUACUCUCUUAAGUGGCUAAACAUAGGAAGGGGAGAAAGAACACGUCGGUUGUUAAAGCAGGGGAGGAAGAGAUACCUGCCCUAUAGCGUAACUCCUCUAGAAAUUAAUAUAUACACAUCACAGUAUUUUAAUAAAUCCCUAAAAUGUCGAGAUAUGUACAAGAUCUUAGCAAAGCCAUGUCUCAGGAUGGUGCUUCUCAGUUCCAAGAAGUCAUUCGACAAGAGCUAGAAUUAUCUGUGAAGAAGGAACUGGAAAAAAUACUUACCACAGCGCCAUCACAUGAGUUUGAGCACACUAAAAAAGACCUUGAUGGAUUUCGGAAGCUAUUCCAUCGAUUUUUGCAAGAAAAGGGACCUUCUGUGGAUUGGGGGAAAAUCCAGAGACCUCCAGAAGAUUCGAUUCAGCCCUAUGAAAAGAUAAAGGCCAGAGGUUUACCUGAUAAUAUAUCUUCUGUACUAAAUAAGCUGGUAGUGGUGAAACUCAAUGGUGGUUUGGGAACCAGCAUGGGCUGCAAAGGUCCGAAAAGUCUGAUUGGUGUGAGGAAUGAGAAUACCUUUUUGGAUCUGACCGUUCAGCAAAUUGAACAUUUGAACAAAACCUACAAUACAGAUGUUCCUCUUGUUCUAAUGAACUCUUUUAACACGGAUGAAGAUACAAAAAAAAUACUACAGAAGUACAAUCAUUGUCGUGUGAAAAUCUACACUUUUAAUCAAAGCAGGUACCCGAGGAUUAAUAAGGAAUCUUUACUGCCUGUAGCAAAGGAUGUCUCGUACUCAGGGGAAAAUACAGAAGCUUGGUACCCUCCAGGUCACGGUGAUAUUUACGCCAGUUUCUACAACUCUGGUUUGCUUGACACCCUUAUAGGAGAAGGCAAAGAGUAUAUUUUUGUGUCCAACAUAGAUAAUCUGGGUGCCACUGUGGAUCUUUAUAUUCUUAAUCAUCUAAUGAACCCACCCAAUGGGAAACCCUGUGAAUUUGUCAUGGAAGUCACAAAUAAAACACGUGCAGAUGUAAAGGGUGGGACCCUCACUCAGUAUGAAGGCAAACUGAGACUGGUGGAAAUCGCUCAAGUGCCAAAAGCACAUGUUGAUGAGUUCAAGUCUGUAUCAAAAUUCAAAAUAUUUAACACAAACAACCUGUGGAUCUCUCUUGCGGCAGUUAAAAGACUGCAAGAGCAAAAUGCUAUUGAUAUGGAAAUCAUCGUGAAUCCAAAGACUUUGGAUGGAGGCCUGAAUGUCAUUCAGUUAGAAACUGCAGUAGGGGCUGCCAUUAAAAGUUUUGAGAACUCUCUAGGUAUUAAUGUUCCUAGGAGCCGUUUUCUACCUGUCAAAACCACAUCAGAUCUCUUGCUUGUGAUGUCAAACCUCUAUAGCCUUAAUGCAGGAUCUUUGACAAUGAGUGAAAAGAGGGAAUUUCCUACAGUACCCUUGGUUAAAUUAGGCAGUUCUUUUACAAAGGUUCAGGAUUAUCUAAGGAGAUUUGAAAGUAUACCAGAUAUGCUUGAAUUGGAUCACCUCACAGUUUCAGGAGAUGUGACAUUUGGCAAGCAUGUUUCACUAAAGGGAACAGUUAUCAUCAUUGCAAAUCAUGGUGACCGAAUUGACAUCCCACCUGGAGCAGUAUUAGAGAACAAGAUUGUAUCUGGGAACCUUCGGAUCUUGGACCACUGAAAUGAAAAAAAAAAAUACUGUGUACACUUCAUACUAAUUAUGGGCUAACAGUUUCUUAACGAUGAAAUGUUCUCUAGGAUUCUAAAAUUGGCAGGUACUUUACUAUGCUACUGUACCCUGCAGUGUUAAUUUUUAAAGUAGAGUUUGCAAUAUGCUUUUAGUCCAAGAAAAGCACAGUUGGAAGCAAUACUUUUCUUUAAUGAGGAUCCUGAAAGUUCAUCUUAAAGUGCAAUAUUGUUUAAUCUUAAAACUGGGGCAGCUCUGCUGGAACAUCUUUGAACAGAGGCCUCAAUGAUGGUCACUUUGAAUUGCUUGUGAUUUAAAAAAUAAAGCUGUGAGGCAA